UUUUAAAAAUUGCCUUUUCUCCCUCCUCCCCCCACACUAUUGAGACAGAAAGACAAAACCCCCUGUUACGAACAUGUUUAGUCAAGCAAAUCAAGUUUCUGCAUUGGCCACAUCCAAGACGCAAAGUCGCCUCCAGUCUUUCACCUAUCUACAGGAGUUUCGAAAAAACGUCCAGGAUGUGCUGGCCGACAUGCCCAACCCUGACGACUAUUUCCUCCUUCGCUGGCUCCGAGGAGCUGAGCACGUCAUGGGCUGCAUUCUGCAUGCCCCUUGUGUUCCAGAUGAAGAAACUGAGGACAGAGCGAGGAACGAGACUUUAUUAAGUGCCCGCCAUGUGCCAGACGCUCGAAGUUUUGACCUGCAGAAAUCUGAGGCCAUGCUCCGGAAGCACAUGGUAUUCCGGAAGGAAGAGGACCUGGCCAACAUCAUGAACUGGCAGCCCUCUGAGGCCCUCCAGUUAUAUGACACAGGCGGCUUGAGUGGUUAUGACCGAGAGGGCUGCCCUGUGUGGUUGGACGCCACUGGCUGCUUGGAUCCCAAAGGGCUGCUUCUGUCCAGCAGUAAAUCAGCAGUGGUGAAGAAACGCAUCCAGAUCUUGACGUUCCUCCUUCAGGAAUGUGAGCUACAAAGUGAGAAGCUGGAAAAGAAGAUUGAAACUUUCAUUAUAGUAUUUGACCUGGAGUAUCUGGGUCUGAAACACUUUUGGAAGCCAGCUAUGGAAGUCUACCAGGAGUUUUUCUCCACAUUUGAGAACAACUUUCCCGAGACUGUCAAGUAUCUUAUUGUUGUCAAAGCUCCUAAACUGUUCCCUGUAGCCUACAACUUGGUCAAACCCUUCAUUUCAGAGGAGACACGUAAAAAGAUUUUGGUUCUGGGAGCAAACUGGAAAGAGGAUUUGCAGAAAUUAAUCCACCCUGACCAGUUGCCUGCAGAGUAUGGGGGAACCCUAACAGAUCCUGAUGGGAACCCCAAAUACCUGACCAAGAUUAAAUAUGGGGGCGUGGUCCCCAAGAGAUACUACCUACAGAACCAGAUGAAAAUGCAGUAUGAGCAUACAGUGUCUGUCAAUCGGGGCUCCUCCCACCAGGUGGAGACUGAGAUCCUCUUCCCAGGCUGCGUCUUCAGGUGGCAGUUCAUGUUGGAUGGGUCGGACAUUGGCGUGGGGAUUUACCUAAAGACAAAGAUGGGUGAGCGCCAGAGGGCCAAGGAGAUGAUUGAGGUGCUGCCCACCCAGAAGUACAACUCUCACCUGGUCCCUGAGGAUGGCACUCUCACCUGCACAGAGCCGGGUGUCUAUGUCCUGCGGUUUGACAACACCUACAGUCUGGUCCACUCCAAGAAGGUCAGCUACACGGUGGAAGUUUUACUCCCUGACAAAGCCUUUGAAGAGAAGAUCCAGAAACUGUAGGCAAGUCUGACCAUGGCCACCAUUCUACCCCUUCCAAUCUUCUGCCCACUGUUUGGUUCUUACUGCUCAUGGACUCCACUCUGGAUCCCUUUUGUCCUCUGGCUGGCUUUCUCCACCCAGGAGAAGUGCCAUGGGGUCUGCCUUUGACCAAGACACUGUGUGGGGAUGGGGAGCUGGUAAAAAGUGAGGUGCUUCAAGGUCAUUACCAAAUAUGGCUUAGUGAAUGUACACAAUGAAUGAAUGAAUGAAUGAAUGAAUGAAAAAUCAUUUCUUUAGCCCCUACUG